AUGUCAUCGAGGCCAAAUCGUAGAUUGAAGGUGGAUAGGAUAAGCCAGUUACCAGAUCCACUGAUAUGUCAGAUCCUUUCUCACCUCUCCACAAAGGACGCUGUGAAAACAAGCGUCUUGUCCACCAGAUGGAGGAAUCAGUGGCCUUGGGUUCCUAAUCUGGAACUGCGCUCCCGAAAUUUCCCAGAUUUAGAUUCCUUGGUGAGUUUCGGCAACGGGUUUUUCGAUUCCGGCAACGUGUCAUUCGUAGAUAGAGUCAAGCUCACCAUUUGCAAUGACAAGGGUGUAGAGAACGCCUCUUAUCUCACGCCAUGGAUUGAUGCUGCUGUUAGGCGUAAGGUCAAACAUGUCCAUGUUCGUUUUCGUCAUGCAGAUGGUAACUUUUAUGAGAUGCCCUCAAGCCUUUAUCUUUGCCAGACGCUUGCAUCCUUGGUUCUUGAUCUGGUGGACUUGGCUAUUCCCGAGUUUGUUUCCUUGCCUUGUCUCAAGACUAUGCUGCUGAAAUACAUUGGUUAUCCUGAUGAUGCCGUUUUGGAGAGGUUUGUCUCAUCCUGCCCUGUCUUGGAGGAGUUGGAGAUCGAUACGCCUCUCAAUGGACAAGUCUUCUUUCGGGUGCUCUCUAGGUCGUUGAAGAGGCUCACUCUAAGAAUAGCGUUUGCUUGGGAGGAAUAUGGUUCAGGAGUUGUGAUUGAUGCUCCACGGCUAAGCUUCUUGAGUAUCAGUGAUGCUUUACCAGAAAGCUUUGUGAUAACCAAUGUGGAUCCCAAUGUCAAGUUGGUUGUUUCUAUCCACUCAGAGAUAGACAGAUUCCACAGCUUUCUCCCUGGGAUUUCAAAGAUUCGGGAUGUGACAAUAUUCAACGACACUUUCAAGCUCAUCUAUGAAUACUCGAAACAAGAACCACUGCCUCGGUUUGGUCACGUGUCCCGCUUGCAAGUAGCUCUUUCGUUUUCCUAUAUGAACUGGUUACCAACUUUUCUUGAAAGCUUCCCAAACUUGAAAUCUCUCAUCUUGGUAUGUAAUAACAGAAAUGGUGACUAUAAGGGAAUGGGUCAUAUGAGUUUUUCAUCUGUGCCAGAGUGUUUGUUGUCGUCUCUGGAGUUUGUUGAUUUCAACUUCGCAAUCCGGGGAGAUGCUGCAGAGAUGAAACUAGCGAGGUACUUGUUGGAGAAUUCGGCUAUCCUCAAGAAAGUCGCUCUACGCUUGGACUAUUGUGCUAUCAAGAUUCAAGAUGGAUUCGUCAAGAAACUCUUUAAAAUCCCAAGACGCUCUAGUGAAUGUAAAAUUGUAAUCCUUGAUUGGUAA